AGUAUGUGUAUAAAAUAAAUUAUAGACCAUUUCUGAAUUCUGACCCUCUUCAACCUCUACCUAACUCUAAUUAUUACUCAUUAUUUUAUAGAAGUUCAUCUUUGCAUUUCUUGAUUUUGAAUUAACUUCCUAAUUUGGUGCUGAAGCUCUAGGAACAAACCACCAAAAUCAAAGAAGGUCAGAAUGUCUGCGAUUGUCACGCCCAUUUCAGCUACUGCUUUUUCUUUAUCUGAAUUGAGAUAUCCUCAAGAACCCGCCAAGAGUUUCUCAAAAAGAUUGAGUUUUUCAGGGAAAUUCAGUUGCAGAAAUUCUGUUUCUUGGGAUAUUAGGAGAAGCAAUAUUUGUAAAAUGAGGGGUUUUAAGUUGGUUCGCGCGAGUACGACCGAUGAUGGAGUUCCAGCUUUUGAGCAGGAAGCCUUUGACGACGAGUCUUUGACUUUUAACGAUGGUGGAAUUGAAGCUACUAUAAAUAAUUUGAGCAAGUGGCUUAUCUCAGCGAUUCUUGCUGCAUUCAUUCUCUGGAGGCAUGAUGCACUAGCUUUAUGGGCUGCUCUGGGGUCUGCACUCAAUGCUAUGCUCUCAGUUGUACUUAAGCAUGUUCUGAACCAAGAAAGGCCUGUUUCUACAUUAAGAUCAGACCCGGGGAUGCCUUCUUCUCAUGCACAGUCUAUAGGCUAUACAGUCACAUUUCUCGUUGUUUCGUUGGUGGAGAUGUUUGGGGUAAAUGCUUUUACAAUCACUCUAAGCGGAGUUUUUGCUACACUCGGCUCUUAUUUUGCAUGGCUGCGGAUCUCCCAACGGCUUCAUACAGUUAGCCAAGUGGUUGUGGGAGCAAUCGUGGGAUUCACCUUCGGGUGCAUCUGGUUCUGGUCAUGGAACAGCUUUGUGCUGAACUGGUUCAUAUCCAUCUUGUGGGCUAGAAUUGCCAUCACUGUGGGUGCCAUUGGAUUCGUUGUUUAUUUUGUUAUUCAUAGUUACCAGUCCUGGCUUACUGAUGUAUAGAAAAAUUUAGAUUAAAUCUCUUUAAUAUUCUUUUUGCAGCUCUGAAUUUUCUUGAUAGGAUCAUAAAUCAUUGCUCAACUGGAUGAGCACAAAUCAUUCUCUUGUUAUACUUAAUGCAAUGAAAGAAACCAUGACAAACAAGUAGAACUUUUGUAUACAUCAAGAAAUCAUCAGAAUAUUGAUCCAUAAAA